ACUACAUUACGGAAUAAUACUGCAUUGUCUCCCUGGCUCUGUGUUAUGUGGCAGCCGCGUCAAGUAGGGCGGGAAAUACAGAAGGUGAACGCAAAACAACAGCUAUCCACGGCCAUAAAACGAGGGGAUUAUCUUACUGUCAUUCAGCAGAAAGAUGGAAGCUUCUUCAGUUGUUGUACCAAAAACAAGAAGUCGUCUAAAUGUGUUAGAGUGUCGAGUUUGUGAAGAUGUAUUCACCCUUCAAGGUGACAAAGUUCCAAGGUUAUUAUUGUGUGGACACACUGUCUGUCAUGACUGUUUGACUCGGCUACCAGUCCUUGGGCACAAACUUCACUGUCCCUUUGACAGACAGUCAACUGAACUGGGUGACUCUGGAGUCUGGGGUUUAAAGAAAAAUUUUGCAUUGUUGGAACUGUUAGAACGUCUUCAAGUGCUACAAGAACCAUCAGUAAUAAGUGACAGUGAGAGCAGAGAUGACACUGUUAGAUGUGAUGAAAAUGAAGAGCACAUUGCCAACAUAUACUGUACUGUUUGUGAAACUAACUUGUGUGGUGAAUGUGCAGAGGGUACUCACUCCACCAAAACUCUAGUGAAGCACAGAAGAAUUCCCAUUUCUGAGAAACCCAAAGAAAAGCCAAAAUGUCUACAACACUCAGCUCAUGUCAUAGAAUUCACAUGUUUAGAGGAAGAAUGUCAAGAUAACUCACUGAUGUGCUUUGUGUGUCGAGAUUAUGGUAAACAUCAGGGACAUAAGCAUACUCUACUUGAGAAUGAAGCAGAGAACAUGCGUGCCUCUGUGACCAAAGUCAUACAGCAUGUUAGAACCUUUACUGAUGAAGUUGAUGGGUCAGCUGCAAGGCUUUCUUCAGUUAUUGAAGCAAUUGAAGGUGGGGUGUUGAUGCAAGAGGAUGAACGAGGAAAUCUCGUUGCGCAACAUGUUGCUGGAACUGCAGAAGAUGCAAGAAGUAAAGUGCGAGCAUAUUUUGAUGAUCUACGAGAAACAGUCAACCGACAAGAGGAGGCUGGACUUGCUGUUGUUAAUAAUUAUGUGAGAGAGAAACUACUGUCACUCAGACAACAACAGGAGGACAUGGCUGUUUUGAUGUCGCAAGUAACAUCUGUCUGUGUUGAGUGUGACAGAGCACUCAAGAGGAGUGAUGCUGAGGUAAUAGAAGCCAGAAACAGUAUCCACAGUCUUUUGGAAACAGUACAAGACCAGCAGGAGCAGUUCACCAACAUUGCUAGCCUCUGUGACACAGAUGCUGCCAUCCCUGUUGCCUUUACAAAAGACAAUAGGGUCCACAUAGGCCCAAAAAUGGAAAUGAGAGUAGUUGCACUGGGACUUGAUGGAGCAGGAAAGACUUCAAUUUUAUUUAAAAUGAAGCAUGAUGAGUUUGUCUCGCCCAUAACAACAAUUGGAUUCAAUGUGGAAACUGUUGAACAUCGCAGUUUAAAGUUUACUCUUUGGGAUGUUGGUGGUCUGCAGAAACUCCGUCCACUUUGGAGACAUUAUUACCUUAACACACAAGCUGUGAUCUUUGUGAUUGACAGUAACAAUUUAGAGCGUAUUGAAGAGGCUCAUGAGGAACUUGCAAAAUUAAUGGCAGAGAAAAGACUGAAAGAUGCUCUGUUGUUGAUAUAUGCUAACAAACAGUCCUAA